AUGUUGUGGAGGGUACUAAGCCUGAAGGCUACCAAGCGCGCGGCGCGCAUGAAGCGCUUUUUCUCGCACGAGCUGAUGAAUCUGGGUAUCCUUGCGCACAUCGACGCGGGGAAGACGACCAUAUCAGAGGACAUCCUGUACAACGCCAAUGAAAUAAAGGUGAAGGGAAGUAUCAACGACCAAAACACUCAACUGGAUUUUUUAAGGCAAGAGAGAGAAAGGGGAAUAACCAUCAAGACUGCCUACUCAUGCUUCAAAUGGAAUAACGUGAAGGUAAACUUAAUAGAUACCCCAGGACAUGUGGAUUUCAGCAACGAAACCUUCCUCUCAUUAUGCGUCUCAGAUAAGUGUGUCAUCGUGGUGGAUGCCAAGGAGGGAAUUCAAAUUCAAACUUUCCACCUCUUCCACUACAUAAAGGAAAAUCUGCCCAUUUUUUUUUUUUUAAAUAAAAUGGACAUACACGAAACGGAUCUUGAUUACAACAUUGAAAAUCUAAAAAAGAAAUUGAGUCCUAAGAGUGUGCUUGUGACCUACCCUUUGUAUGAAAAUAAGGUGUUGAAGUUCAUUUUGGACCUGCCUUCCAUGUCGCUUUAUUGGUAUCCUCAAUGGAAAUAUGGGAAAAAGUUCACUUACAACAGAAUUCACCUCUCUUCUGUUUUGCAACACAUGAACUGCAACAUUGUGAGGAAUCAUUUAGCCGCCAUAGGUAUAGACAAGGUGGAUUCUACUGCUCCUGAGGUGAUCACCACGGAACGCCUCCUAAGAGUGCUAUCUAGAGAUACCAUCCACCACGUUUUACAAAAAAGGGAGGAGCUCGUCGAGGCGCUCUGUGAUUUGGAGCCUGACCUGGAGCACAAGUACAUAAACAAUAUCUGCAUACAAUACAGCGAACUAAGGAAGUGCCUAUCCAAGUGGAUAAAUCGGAAGAAGAUAUUUCCGGUGCUUUCAGGGAGUGCCCUGAAUUCGCUUGGUGUACACCUCCUUCUGGAUUACGUCACGAGCAGUGGUGUCGCAGUCGCCGAUGACCACCACUCCCAAGUGAAGACUCACCCCUCUGCUGUAGUUAACACUUCGCAUUAUGGCACAAGCACUACCGUUGUACCCCCCAGCAGUAUUAAAACGACAUACCCAUACAUGCAGCGCUACAAAACUGUCCUAUUCAUCUUCAAACUUGUGAGCGAAAAAAAUGGACACAACACAUUUUGCAAAGUACUAAAAGGAGAGCUAGUUAAAAAUGCCAAGGUUCUAAACCUACGAAGUGGAGGAACUGAAGUGGUGAAGGGUCUUUACAAAGUCAAGGCCGAUAGAUAUGUCAUGAUAAAUAUGUUAAAGACGAACGACAUAGGAAUGGUUCGUGGACUCGAACAUGUCCUCGUCUGCGACUUUAUGUGUGAACUGGAGGAACUACCUUGUAAUAUUGAUUGUUCGAACAUGGGGGGAGGAGACCGCCUGGUGAGCACCACCAUAUUGCGCAGUAAUGAUUGCGUAUCUGAUCAAAAAAGAAAGAAAAAAAACGACACCAUAAAACAAAAUAUCCAGCAUAACCAAAACAACUCUCUCCAGGACAUUUACAAAUAUAUGAAAUACGAAAUAGAUAGAAAAGAAUUGUGGUUCUUUCUCAAAAAUUAUAAAAAGCGGAUAAGUAAAAAUGUCAUUGUAUGCACUUGCGCUAUAGAGCCAAAGGAUUGUAAAAAAGAAAGUGAACUUAAGCAAGUCCUUCGAAAUAUAUGCCUGGAAGAUAAUAGCAUAGUUGUCUACACAGACCCAAAUAGAAAAAUCGUCAUUGGAUCCAUAGGUAUUUUAAACAUCGAAGUGACGUUAGACAAAAUAAGAAAUGACUAUAACAUUGAUAUAAGGACUGAGGAGGUGGAGGUUGUGGAGAAGGAAUAUCUUACGGGAAAGUACGAGGAAACCAUUACCAAAGAGAUGAAGGUGAACUCCAACCUCUCCAACAUAACAAUUGGAUUAACCAUUCGUGAGAAGGAAUUCGUGGAUGUUUCGAGGUUCAUCCAAAAUGCGCUGAGGUAUGAUAGCGUUUCCAAGUUAGUGGGGUCCACCAAGGGACAACCAGGGGAGGACCCAACCAUACCGUGUAUAUCCAUUGGAGAAAAAAACAGUGAAAAACAAAGAAUCACUAUGAUACAGCCAAGUAGUUCCUUGCCGACCGAAUUGAACAGACGGGAUUCUGUUUUUUGUGCCCUAUCUCAAAGGGGGAAUAUGGCCCCAAAUGAACCCAGCUGCAGAAUUGAGGUGGAGCUUAACAACUCAGACGAGGAGGUAAGUGGUUCUGUGGGGUGGGGAAAGUUCACAACAGAAAUUAGUAUUAACGGGAACUGUGAGGGGGGUCGAAUCAGUGGUUCACGUGAUUGGGCAAACAGCUCGAAAGAUGAUUCCAUUACACGCGCGAAGCAUCCGGACGAAGAUGUGGAGGAAAAUACGGAGAAAGACGAUGACGACGACGUGGAUGAAGAUGUGGACGAGUACCUCCUGAACUUCAACUACGAGGACCUGUUCAAAAGCAGCGUGCGCGUCCAUAAAGACGUGCACCUGUACAUCGCCGAUUUGCAGAGCAGAAAAAAAAAAAAAAAAAAUUUUUAUGAAGAAAUUUUACAGAGCUGUAUUGUCACCCUGAAGAAUUGUCUAUCCAGUGGUUUCCAAACAAGUGGAAGCAUUAUCAGCACGGAGGUAGAAAUUACAAAGUUGGACAUAUCAGAUGACACCACUGUAGCCGUGGCCAAGUAUGCGUGUAAUGAUUUGUACUAUCGAAUGAUUAGGCAAGCCAACGUGUGUGUAGCGAAGCCUAUAUCUCUACUGCAAAUUCAGACGGAGGAAUCCUUCGUUGGCAACAUAGUGAAGGACUUAAUUCAGCAAAGAAGUGGAACCAUUAUUCAGAUCGCGAAGAAUAAUGAAUCUCGCCUUUUUAAGAGCAUGAAGAUCAUCGCUAUCGUUCCGGUUAAGCACACGCAUAACUACGCCUCCAUUUUGAGGUCCAUUUCAAGUGGCCACGCCAACUGUUUGAUGACUUUUUGCGGUUAUAGUAGGGAGGGGUAA